CCUCAUGAGGUUUGCUUUAAGCCGUAUGGAGGAGAAAACAGCCUCCGCAGAUCAUCCAGGCCCUCAUGAAGGCCCAGAGCUUAGUGCACAGCAACUGAAACCAACUUCACACAAGGUGGAGCUGCACAUGCAAAAUACGCAGUCAUGUUGGCUGUUCUUUUGACCAUUUUGAUGUUUAGUCAAGGGCUUUCAAUGGACAAUCGUGGGACGAGUUUCAUCACUGCAUUCCCCGAGAAUAUUGCUUUUUAUUAUCGGAAGACCUUUAACCUAUUCAAAAUCACUACCCUUCACCCAGACACUACGAUCAAUGUCACCUAUAUGGCCAGCGGCAACGCCACCACAAAUGCAAGCCUUGCAAAUGGAACCGUUUGGACUUUGAAUUUGACAAAGGAGGUUGAAGAAUCCCAGUUUGUGUCUUCCAAUAAGACAUUUCGAAUCACCAGUGAUAAAAACAUCACAGUGGUUUCUGUGAGUGGAUGGAAGGGGGGAUUCCAGUCUCACGUUGUCCAGCCUGAACAAAAUCUGGGAAAGGUGUAUCAUGUUCCCUCUUUGGAUUACACCAAGAUAGCCGUGUCCUUUAACCUUAUGAUGACAUCAAAUGUCAGACUCCUCCCUUUUAGGCUGAUGAUUAUCAAUGCAGUGGGCAUGGACAACAAUGUCAUCAUCAAACAGGUAGAUGAAAGAGGUCAGAGCCAAGAAAAUACAAUAAUGCUCGAUCCUUACGAUCUUUACCAGAUUCAAAUUAAUGGGACUGUGAGAGAAAUCAAUGCAGAGGACAAAGUGGCUGUGAUUCUGACCCAUCCGUGUUUUGACAGCAAAAACUGCUCAUGCAACAUGAUUCUGAACCAGCUCCAACCAUUUGUGUUAAAUGACAAGACAGACAUAUUCCCCAUGCCCCCCUUCUUCAGGGCCAAACAGCUACUUGUGACAACAAAUCAACCCUUCAGGGUCUGUCAGGGUUAUUUUACUACUUGUACUAAUGUCAGUGUACAAAAAUCUUCAGACAUCCUGCCAUUAUUACCAAAUUUUAUGGAUGGGGCCUCACUUAUUUCUACUUCCAUGCAUGUUUCCCUUCGAUUAGUUAGUCCUGGACUCAUUCUAGACCUCAUUCCGAUAAGCAUGUUCUCUGGGUGCUAUCUGGUAGAUUUUAAUUCCUCAAGCAGUGGGGCCUUGGUGAUUGCUGAUACACCCAGCGUUGAUGGUGUGCGAAUGAACGAUCAGCCUUUGCCUUCAUACAUCAACUGGAGCGUUAUGGAUGACACGGAGUACUCUUGGGCUCUAGUGGUCGCAGAAAGGUUAAGCACAAUCUGGCAUCCUUCUGCAAGGAUUGGUGUUUAUAUGUUCGAACGCUUGGAGUCUAACAAUACCUAUGGGAGCGCAGCAACAGUUAUAAGUAUGGACCCAGAUCGUUAUGGCUGUCUGGUGACUCCGGAGAUGUUUGUACUUGGUGAAGAUGAAAUGAGCUGGUCCAUGUCCCAUGAGUACUGCACGGAAAAUGCUGAUCUGUUUGCCAGGCUCAACAAUAGAAGCAGCCAGGAUAAGAUGGCCUCAAACAUGGCAGUCAUAGACCCCACGGAGGGCUGGAUCAGUCUGCGCCGCAGCCUGUACUCAGCAGAGUGGUAUUGGCAAAACGAAGGCAAUUUCUCAUCCAAUGUGGACUUCACUUACUGGGAGAACGGACAGCCUGAAAGGCCGGAGAAAGGCUUGUGUGCCACAGUUUCCCUGGAUCCCAACAAGAACUUCAAGUGGAAGAGUGCUCGCUGCUGUUCUAAAAAGAAACCUAUUUGCUAUAUCGAACCAAAAUAUCUCACCUUUUGAGAUACUUUGUAAUAAGCAGAUGUCUUAAUUACAAUACUUGUAAAGGGAUCUCCAAAAUGUCCAUGUUUAUUUUUUUGUUUUCAGAACUGUGUUUAGGGAUCAAUAUAGAUUGGUUUUACUUUCAUAAUUAACAUUUAUCUGUCUAUACUUAGUUAGGCCCCUAUAUUAGACUAGAUUUAGAAAAUGUUAUCUGGUGGGCAAUGAAAUUGAUCUAGCAAUGUAAUUAGCAGUGAAA